GGCACGGGGGAGGCACAGGCAGCCCCCACCGCUCAGAAGAGCAGCUGCCACCAGCGUCCGGGGCAUGAGGGAGCCUCGUCCUCCAGGCCACCCUGAGGAGCAGCCAGAAACACGGAAACACAGGCCAUGUGGGGCUCCCGGGAGCUGCUUCUGCUGUGGCUCCUGGUGCUGGCAGCUGGUGGCACCGAGCACCUCUACCGGCCUGGCCGCAGGGUGUGUGUUGUCAGGGUUCCCAGGGGCCCCGUGUCCGAGUCCUUCGUGCAACGCGUGUACCAGCCCUUCCUCACCACCUGCGACGGGUACCGAGCUUGCAGCACCUACCGGACCGUCUACAGGACCGCCUACCGCCGCAGCCCUGGGCCGGCCCCCGCCCGCCCUCGCUAUGCCUGCUGCCCCGGCUGGAAGAGGGUCAGCGGACUGCCUGGACCCUGUGGCGCAGCAAUAUGCCAGCCACCAUGCCAGAACGGAGGGCGCUGUAUCCAGCCUGGCCGCUGCCACUGCCCUUCAGGUUGGCAGGGAGACACCUGCCAGACAGACGUGGAUGAAUGCAGCACCAGAGGGGGUGGCUGUCCCCAGCGCUGUGUCAACACCGCAGGCAGUUACUGGUGCCAGUGUCGGGAGGGGCACAGCCCUUCUAUGGACGGGGCACUCCGCCUGCCGGACAGAGGGACGCCUCGGCCGGCCCCAAACCCCACGACAGGAGUGGACAGUGAGGUGAAGGAGGAAGUGCAGAGGCUCCGGUCAAGGGUGGACGUGCUAGAGCAGAAGCUGCAGCUUGUGCUGGCCCCACUGCACAGCCUGGCCUCUCGGGCCCUGGAGCACGGGCUCCCUGACCCCGGCAGCCUCCUGGCCCACUCCCUCCAGCAGCUGGACCGCAUCGACUCUCUAAGUGAGCAGAUCUCCUUCCUGGAGGAGCAGCUGGGUUCCUGUUCCUGCAAGAAGGAGCUAUGACGGGCCUGGCCCAGGCCGCCAGCUCUGGCCACCAAGAGCCCCAGGCUUUGUCCUGGCCCUGCCCUGCCCUAGGCCCUGUCCCCUACCCCUCACCUCUUCUUGCCGAGGAGGCCCCCGCGGCUCCCACGUGGGGCAGGGUGGAGUGAGGGGUCUUCCUGUGUGAAUCCAGCCCCAGCCCGGACAGCCCUCCAGCCUUGAGAGCACAGCCCAGCCAGACCCCUGCAGCCCUGGCCGGCUCUUAGGGCCUGGUGGGCCCCUGGCUGAGGGGAGGUACGAGGGCUCCCUGCCCAGAGCCUCGGGCCCAGUGCUGCUCACUGGGCAGCCCUGAUCUUUGUUAGAAUAAAAUGAGACUUGA